AUGGGACCUGGUGGCAGGCAGGGCGGGCGGGCUCCAGAGGGUCAGCCAAGCUGGGGGCCUGGUGGCAGGCAUGGCGGAGGGCGGGCCAGGAGGGUCUGGCUAAGGCAGGCCUGGUGCAGAGGUAGGUCGGGCGGGCCAGAGGGUCAGCCCAAGUCAGGGCCUGGUGCAGGCAGGCGGCGGAGGGCCAGAGUGUCUGACCAAGCAGGCGAGGGCGGGCCAGAAGGUGGGUCUGCCAAGCAGGCCUGGUGCAGGCAGGGCGGGCGGGACCAAGGAGGGGUCCUUCAGCCAAGCAGGCCUUGGUGCAGGCGAGGCUGGGCGGGCCAGAGGGUCUGCCAAAAGCAGGCCCCAGGUGCUAGGCAGGUCGGGCGGGCCAGAAGGUCUGCCAAGCAGGCCUGGUGCAGGCAGGCGGGGGUGGGCCAAGAAAGGUCUGCCAAGCAAGGCCCGGUGCAGGCAGGCGGGCGGGGCCCAGAAGGUCUUGCCAAGCAGGGCCUGGUGCAGGCGACGGCGGGCGGGCACCAGAGGGUCUGCCAAUGA